AUGACACUUCGAUCUUCCUCUCCUCCUGCUUCCAAACGUAUGAGAAUGACAGACAUAUCUCUAUCCCUCUCUCAAAGGAAGACGACAGACCUUGACGACGGCCCUCAGAUACAACCUCCAGGUGGUGAGGAAGGUCCCCCCCUUACCUAUGAACAGCCAGCAUCCCUACCACACCCCUCGUCCAAGGUAACGAAUGGCAAGAACGGGCGCACUCAGACUCCCUGGCCGUGGAAAGACACGACUAUCAGAACCGAGGUAGAUGGGACCGACGUGGAAUUGAAAGAAUGGAGGAAUAUGGUGGCUGGCAGAGUAUAUCGACCUGGAGAUCCCUACAUACAUAGUCAGCGAUUAAAGAUAAUGAGAUUAGUGAAGAAAGCAAACAAAUGCGAAGAUUGGGAAUCAGCAGCCAAAAUCCAGAAAGAGAUUUGUGGUGCUCCUGACGACACAAUACUUUUAUGGCAAUGCCCCUUCUUCGUUCAAUUCAUUCGGCGCAAAGUACUCAUCUCCCCAGGGUCUCAUAUUCUCGAUUGUUGCCCGAUCACCAUAGGUACUCGAACUAUGAUCGGGGCGAACGCCACCAUAAUUUCUGGGGGACACACAAUCUUACCCUCUAACCGGUGGCCAGAAAGCGGCAAUCUCCUCGAUCCCACCGCCGACGAUUGCUGGCUAGGGGCCAAUGUGACCGUUCUGCAAGGGGUGAGGAUCGGCGAUGGAUGUACGAUCGGUGCGGGAAGCGUGGUCGUCAAGGACAUUCCAGAUCGGUGA